AUGGAUCGUUUUUGGGCUGCUCCUCCUGUCACAAGGACACUCGUGGCACUAACAUUUGCUCAAUCUGCUUUGGUUUAUGGUGGCCUUCUGAGCGGAUAUCAUGUGAUAUUCAUUCCACAACUGAUCUUCAAGGUUCUACCUCAGUUAUGGAGGUUGGGUUCGCCAUUCCUUCUCACAGGAUCUGGCCUAUCCUUCAUAUUUGAUCUUUACUUCAGUACGACAUCUUGUUGGACUGGCUCUCCUCGCUUCAGCUCGCCAGGCGACUUUUUCACAUAUGUGUUCUUUGUAGCCUUUGUCAUUGUGGUAACCUUGAUUCUGGCGUUUGUCUAUACAUAUGCGCAAGAAAACCGGGGUAAUAAGGCAACCUUUUUCGUGAUCCAGAUUCCCAUCGAACUCUUGCCUUGGGCGAUGCUUGCGCUCACUCUGGUUCUUGCCGGAUGGCCUGCCGCCCUGAGCGAAAGCAUGGGGAUUGUCGCCGCGCACAUGUAUGAUUUCCUCACGCGACUUUAUCCGACCUUUGGCGGUGGGAGAAAUUACCUUACCACGCCAAAUUUCGUCAGAAGAUUCUUCGCCGGCUACGCCCCACGUGGUGGAGAGUAUCAAGCUUAUGGAACCGCGUAUCGGCCAGGGCAGCAAAAUCGUGAGCCUUCUUCAAGCGGAUGGGCUUCGUCGUUCCAGAGAACUUGGGGUGGAAGAGGUCCGGGGCGGAGACUUGGAGAUAGUUAG